ACAAGCACUCACUAGAGGCAGAUUAUGAGCGCGCCGAACCUUUCCGCCAUGGCUGAAGCACUCUGGAGAGCUAAAAAGUAAAAGAAGCUACUCCUCAUAUCCCGCCUCUGCAAUGUUGAACUGAUCGACGGGAAAAUGAGCUGUGGCGUUUGCAAGUGCUUCAGAUUUCCUAGCGGGAAUAGCUAGACUCUCGUUAGCUUAUGCAUACUCAUACGAACUCGUGCUAGUAGCAGUAGCAAUACUCUGCAAAGUACUCGUACGCUGUAGCCCAGGACGUGAUGCCAGCUCACUCGCUGCUCGGCGGUUCUUUGGACCACUUAGGUGACGGAGACAGACGCGCCAGGAUACGGGAGGAGCUUAGUCUUGAACGGUGGCUGCGGUGGUGGCUGUCGUCCAUGUUCGUGGCUUUCCUCGAUUGCUGGGGUAAGACGCGGGUGAAACAGGCGUCUAUACUGCUUCCAACAACGGUUGGGUUGCUCUGCUGGGGUCAUUGCGCCGAAGCAACACAGCUGAUCUAUCGAUUCGGGCGCCAAGUACGAGCACUAGCUCGAACCGCCUCGAGACGAACAGACGCCAUUAAGCGUUCAGCCCGCCGUCAUCUCGGCGCAUUAUUCUUAGCGAUAGAAGAGAAAGCCCUUCUUAUCCAGCGGUGGGUCGUUCCACGAGCGGAUACCUGGAGAAGAACAAGAGAGCGAGAUGCAGCUUGAGCGCCACGGGUAAACGCAAGUCAUUUAUUCUCACAGUAGUACGCAGCACCGAGA